UAUUCCACACUCGACCUAGAAGUUAAACCAACUUAGCUUGGCAUCGAUCAAAUUCAAUCGUCCAUUGAAUUUGAUACGAUCGGUCGCGUCUUCUCCUUUCCGAUCCUCACAGUACCGUCCGCAAGGAUUAUCCACGCACACGCACGCACCGCAAAGGAUUACCUACGCACCCCCGGGAUUAUUGCAACUGCCGUUUGUAGCAGUCCGAAAAGUGUACACCAUGAGAAGUGCACUGUUCGUUUUGGCGCUUUGCGCUGUGGCGGUGGCCUCCGCCUCGGCCGAUUCCCAUGAGCGCAAGACUCGUGCCGCCGAGGGAUACUUCUACCCCACCCCGCAGGUGCCGUUCGAUCUGCCCGUGCGCACCACCCAGCCACCCACGAGGCCGCCAACGCGCCCACCCACCAGGCCUCCGACUAGGCCACCCACUCGCCCGCCCACUCGGCCACCGGCAACCUACUUGCCGCCCACCAACAAGCCACUGCCCCCGGUGACCGUGCGCACCACCAUCCGCACCACUCCUCGUCCAACUCUGCCGCCGACGAGGCCACCAACCAGGCCACCCACCACCUACCUGCCGCCCGUGACGGUGCGCACCACCCGUCCUCCUCCACCACCGACUCGUCCACCAACCUACCCACCCACCACCCGUCGCCUGACGACCCCGGCUCCCACUUACCUGCCACCCACCAACAAGCCACUGCCCCCAGUGACCGUGCGCACCACCAUCAGGACUACUCCUCGUCCCACUCUGCCACCCACCAGGCCACCAACUCGUCCACCAACCACUUACUUGCCGCCCGUGACUGUGCGCACCACCCGUGCCACCCCACCACCAACUCGUCCACCGACUCGUCCUCCACCAACCUACCUGCCGCCCACCAACAAGCCACUGCCACCAGUGACCACCCGUCGUCCAACGCCACCACCGACUAGGCCACCAACCAGGCCUCCACCACCACCAACCCGUGCGUCCACUCCGGCUCCAACUUACUUGCCGCCUACCAACAAGCCUCUGCCUCCAGUGACCGUGCGCACCACCAUCCGCACCACUCCUCGUCCAACUCUGCCGCCGACGAGGCCACCAACCAGGCCACCAACCACCUACCUGCCGCCCGUGACUGUGCGCACCACCCGUCCUCCACCACCACCCACUCGUCCACCAACCCUGCCACCCACCACCCGUCGUCUGACGACCCCAGCUCCCACCUACCUGCCACCCACCAACAAGCCUCUGCCACCAGUGACCGUGCGCACCACCCGUGCAGCUCUGCCACCCACCAGGCCACCAACCCGCCCACCAACCACCUAUCUGCCUCCCGUGACUGUGCGCACCACUCGUGCCACCCCACCACCAACUCGUCCCCCAACUUACCCACCCACCACUCGUCGUCUGACGACUCCAGCUCCCACUUAUCUGCCACCCACCAACAAGCCACUGCCCCCAGUGACUGUUCGCACCACCCGUGCCACUCUGCCACCCACCAGGCCACCAACUCGUCCACCAACCACCUACUUGCCCCCUGUGGUUCGCACCACCCGUCCUCCCCCACCACCAACUCGUCCACCGACUCGUCCUCCACCAACCUACCUGCCGCCCACCAACAAGCCACUGCCACCAGUGACCGUGCGCACCACCCGCCCUCCUCCACCACCCACUCGCCCACCCACCCGUGCCUCCACUCCUGCUCCUACUUACCUGCCACCCACCAACAAGCCACUGCCCCCAGUGACCGUGCGCACCACCCGUCCUCCUCCACCACCCACUCGUCCCCCAACUAGGCCCCCAACCAGGCCACCAACCACCUACCUGCCUCCCGUGACGGUGCGCACCACCCGUGCCACCCCACCACCAACUCGUCCCCCGACCUACCCACCCACCACUCGUCGUCUGACGACUCCUGCUCCCACUUACCUGCCACCCACCAACAAGCCACUGCCCCCAGUGACCGUGCGCACCACCAUCAGGACUACUCCUCGUCCUACUCUGCCUCCCACGAGGCCACCAACUAGGCCACCAACCACCUACUUGCCCCCCGUGACUGUGCGCACCACUCGCCCACCACCACCACCAACUCGUCCCCCAACCUACCCACCCACCACUCGUCGUCUGACGACUCCUGCUCCCACUUACCUGCCACCCACCAACAAGCCACUGCCCCCAGUGACUGUUCGCACCACCCGUGCUACUGUGCCACCCACUCGUCCCCCAACCCGUCCCCCAACUCGCCCACCAACCCCACCACCCACUUAUCUGCCACCCGUGACGGUGCGCACCACCCGCCCUCCUCCACCACCCACUCGCCCACCAACCCGUCCCCCAACUCGCCCCCCAACCCCACCACCAACCUACCUGCCACCCGUCACCGUCCGCACCACCCGCCCACCUCCACCACCCACCCGCAGGACCACCGUGUACGUGCCACCACCGACCGUGCGCACCACCGUGUACGUGCCACCCCCGCCAACCAAGCACCAGGGCUACCAGUACCCCGUGCCCAGCAUCCCCUUCAACUUCUAGAUGCGAGAUUCGAGGUCUAGGGAUGAUUAGGGAUAGGGCCUUCGUCUAGGGCUAGAUUGAUCUAGUCAAUACUCGUACAGUCUAACGUUACACGAUUACGCCGCCAGCGGUGCUAGAGGGCGCCACUGGGGCGCCUGCAAGGACGACACUUGUUUGUUUUUAUUUUAUUUUUGUAAUUAAUGAAUCGCAUACUCAUACAGCUAGGGAUCAUUGUAAAUGAGUGCCCCAAUUGUACAGCUAACAGUCUAUCCAACUCUUGCUAUGUUCUACCACUAUGCCACGAUCGAUGGGCGGCCGUCGUCUGUGACGGACGCCAGCUCAAGACUAUAUAGCUCUAUAUUACGAUUAAAUAAACCUUUUAUUCGGAUCGCUGAAACCUGAAACAAUAAAAUAAGUUUUUCGAAUAUUUACAA